AUGCUGGCCUCCCCAGAAAUCGUCUCUCCGCCCGUCCGACGAGUACGCAUCGAUGCUCUUCUGCGUCUUGCUGUCGCGUUUGAGACCGUCGACACCGUCCACAAUUUAAUUGAAGCUUCGCAGGACGGAACAUCCAAGCUCGACGAGCUUCUGGUCGGCUCGGUUCCCGACUUUACGAAGGGGGGUGGAAAAUUUGGUGCGAUUGGGUGCGAGCGAUCGGAAAAAUUCGGAGCGAUUGGAGGCCAGAGGGAGCCUGAAAACCCCUGCACGAAGUUCGAAGCCGAUGAAAAAGCGUUGGUAAGUCCAAAGAACUCUCCCAUGGCACCCGAAACAACAACCAACGUUCUCACAAUUGAUAUACCACGUACCCCAUCCACCCAUCGCAGCGCUUUGGAAGGUGGCGAACCAGGACCUGGCCACAAUAUUCCCGAGCCAGGAUUGAAGAAAGGUUACGCUUGA